AGAGUGAAACCAAACACUUGCGAAUCGAGGCCAACUUUCUUUUUCGCUACGUUCUCCACUUCUCCGUUGUAGGCUUUGAAGGAUCGGCCGGUCGAUUUUCUUAUCGGUUCUCAGCACUCUCCGUUAGCCAGGUCAGGUUUUCGGUUGAUUUUCCCUUGUAAAACAUGGGUGGUAGAGCUGUGGUGUCCGACGAUGAAGAGGAGGUCGAAGAGGAGGAGGACGAGAGGGAAGUUGGGGAUGUGGAAGCAGUCGAUGACGAAGAGAGGGGCGACGUUGACGAAGAUGACGAGGAAGAAGACGAAGAGGGCCAGGAUGAAUACGAGAAGGACGGGUUUAUAGUAGAUGAUGUGGAAGAAGAGGAGGAAGAGCAGGAGGAAGAAGAGGAGAGGGAUAGUGAUGAGGAGAGGCAAAGGAAGAAAAAGAGGAAGAAAAGAGAAUCGGAGAAGAAUUAUGUUCUUGAUGAAGAUGACUACGAGUUGCUUCAGGACAACAAUAUUACAGGCUUUCAUCGCCCGAAACCUGGGAGCAAAAAGUUCAAGCGGUUGAAAAAGGCUGGUAGAGAUAGCGAGCAGGAUGAGCCUCUUGGCUUUUCUGAUGAUGAAGGAGUUGAUAAAAGUGGGCGUAGUGGGCGAACUGCUGAAGAGAAGCUCAAGCGCAGCUUAUUUGGGGAUGAUGAAGGACCACCUCUGGAGGAUAUUGCUGAAGAAGAAGAACAACCGGAGGAAGAAGAAGAUGGGGACAUUGGUGAAGAGGAUGAAAUGGCUGAUUUUAUUGUGGAUGAAGAAGAAGUUGAUGAACAUGGAGCUCCUGUGAGGCGGAGGAAACCGAACAGAAAGAAGGCAAGACAGGCACCUGGAGUUUCAUCCUCUGCAUUACAGGAAGCGCAUGACAUAUUUGGUGAUGUCGAUGAGCUUUUGAUGCUACGCAAAGAAGGCCUUGCAAAGAGUGGUAGGUAUGAUGAAUCUGGUGAGUGGAGGGAAAAGAGACUGGAAGACGAAUUUGAACCCUUCAUACUUACUGAAAAGUACAUGACUGAGAAGGAUGACCAAAUCCGAGAGAUUGAUAUUCCGGAGAGGAUACAGAUGUCAGAAGAAAUCACGGGUCCACCUCCAACUGAUGCAAUGAGUUUAGAAGAAGAGAGUAACUGGAUACAUAGCCAGUUUGCUGCAAGUAUGGUGCCAUUGUUUGGAAAGAAGAGGGGAAGGGAUGGGGAAGGCAUUGAUCUAUCAAGAAAAAUAGACAAGGGUGACAUUUUAAGGUUCCUAGAAAUGUUGCAUGUACAGAAGUAUGAUAUUCCCUUUAUUUCUAUGUAUCGGAAAGAUCAAUGCAUGAGCCUAUUGAGAGAUCCGGAGCUGGAUGAGGCAGAGUUUGAAGAUGGGAAUGACAUUGAGAAGAAACCUACACUGAAGUGGCACAAGGUGCUUUGGGCCAUCAGGGACUUGGACCGGAAAUGGCUUCUUCUUCAAAAGCGCAAAAGUGCUCUUCAAUUAUACUAUAAUAAGCGUUUUGAAGAAGAAUCUCGGAGGGUCGAUCAUGUACAAAGACUCAAUUUGAAUCAGCAGCUUUUUGAAUCAAUAACUCAGUCUCUGAAGUCUGCUGAAUCUGAAAGAGAGGUAGAUGAUGUUGACUUAAAGUUUAAUUUGCAUUUCCCACCGGGUGAGGUAGGUGUGGAAGAAGGACAAUUUAAGAGGCCAAAGAGGAAAUCCCAAUACAGCAUUUGUAGUAAGGCUGGCCUAUGGGAGGUUGCAAGCAAGUUUGGCUAUAACUCUGAGCAAUUUGGGUUACUUAUAACUUUAGAAAAAAUGAGAUUAGAUGAAUUAGAAGAUGCCAAAGAAACUCCUGAGGAGGUAGCUCUUGGUUUUAAGUGUGCAAUGUUUGACACUCCUCAGGUAGUCCUCAAGGGUGCGAGGCACAUGGCAGCUGUGGAGAUAAGCUGUGAGCCAUGUGUCAGGAAACAUGUUCGUAGUAUCUUUAUGGAGAACGCAGUAGUCUCAACCAGUCCCACUUCUGAUGGAAAUACUGCUAUAGAUCCUUUUCAUCAGUUUGCCGGAGUGAAAUGGCUGCAUGAAAAGCCACUGGUAGAAUUUGAGGAUGCUCAGUGGCUUCUUAUCCAGAAGGCUGAAGAAGAGAAGCUCCUCCAAGUGGUUAUCAAACUUCCAGAAUCUGUCUUGCACAAGCUAAUCAAUGAUUCACAUGAUUAUUAUCUCAGUGACGGUGUAAGUAAGUCUGCACAGCUCUGGAAUGAGCAACGCAGAUUGAUCUUACAUGAUGCAUUUUACAAUUUUCUUCUUCCUUCCAUGGAGAAAGAGGCUCGAUCACUUUUGACAACUAGAGCAAAGAACUGGUUAGUAAUGGAAUAUGGUAAUCAGCUCUGGAACAAGGUGUCUGUUGCACCAUAUCAGCGCAAGGAAAGUGAUGCUGCUUCAGAUGAUGAAACUGCACCAAGGGUAAUGGCUUGCUGUUGGGGUCCUGGGAAGCCAGCGACUACAUUUGUAAUGCUGGAUUCGUCAGGAGAAGUGCUAGAUGUGUUGUACACAGGAUCCCUGAGUCUUCGGUCUCAGAAUGUUAAUGACCAGCAGCGGAAGAAAAAUGACCAACAACGUGUCCUUAAGUUCAUGACUGACCACCAACCACAUGUUGUUGUUCUUGGAGCCGUGAAUUACUCUUGCUCAAAGUUGAAGGAUGAUAUAUAUGAGAUCAUUUUUAAGAUGGUGGAGGAACAUCCUAGAGAAGUUGGGCAAGAGAUGGAUGGGAUAAAAGUUGUUUAUGGGGAUGAAUCCUUGCCUCGUCUCUAUGAAAAUUCACGACUUUCUUCAGAUCAACUACCGGGGCAGUCAGGUAUUGUUAAGAGGGCUGCAGCUCUUGGUCGUUAUAUUCAAAAUCCUCUAGCGAUGGUUGCUACACUAUGUGGUCCAGGGGGGGAGGUUUUGUCAUGGAAGCUUUGUCCUCUGGAGCAAUUUCUUACUCCUGAUGAGAAGUAUGAAAUGGUUGAACAGGUAAUGGUUGAUGUCACCAACCAAGUGGGCAUUGACGUAAAUUUAGCUGCUAGCCAUGAAUGGCUGUUUGCUCCUUUGCAAUUUGUUUCUGGGCUUGGACCAAGAAAGGCUGCUUCUUUACAGAGGGCAUUAGUGAGAUCCGGAGCAAUUUUUAGUCGCAAGGAGCUUACAAUGAAUGGACUUAAAAAGAAGGUGUUUAUAAAUGCUGUUGGUUUUUUACGUGUCCGUCGUAGUGGGUUGGCAAGUAAUAGCAGCCAUAUAAUCGAUUUACUGGAUGAUACAAGAAUUCAUCCAGAGUCAUAUGAUCUUGCGAAGGAAUUGGCCCACGAAGUGUAUAAGCACGAAGUAGAUGAUGACCCGAAUGAUAUGGAUGAUGAUGUGCAGGAGAUGGCAAUAGAGCAUGUAAGGGACAAUCCCAAGGUGUUAAGAACCCUUAAGGUCAAAGAAUAUGCCACGGACAAUAACCACACUAAUAAAUUAGCAACUCUUUGUGAUAUUAAAAUGGAAUUACUGCAUGGAUUUCUAGACUGGCGAAAUCCUUACCAAGAACCAAGUCAGGAUGAAGAGUUCUAUAUGAUAUCUGGCGAGACAGAGGAUACCCUUGCUGAAGGACGAUUUGUGCAGGCAACAGUUCGCAGGGUUCAAGCUCAACGAGCAUUCUGUAUACUUGAAUCUGGUCUCACAGGGAUACUUAACAGAGAGGAAUUUUCAGAUAAGCCAGUUCUUAAUUUAACAGAGGAAUUGAAUGAAGGUGAUAUAAUCACUUGCAAGAUUAAACAAAUUCAAAAGAACAGAUACCAGGUGUUUCUAACUUGUAAAGAAAGUGAGUUAAGAAAUAACCGCUAUCUAUAUCCUCGAAAUCGGGAUCCCUACUACCGUGAGGACCUAAAUAAUGUUCAGAGUGAACAAGAGAAAGCCCGCAAGGAGAAGGAGCAAGCAAAGAAGCUUUUCAAGCCGAGAAUGAUUGUUCAUCCCCGUUUUCAGAAUAUAACGGCUGAUGAAGCUAUGGAGUUCCUUUCAGAUAAGGAUGCUGGCGAAAGUAUAAUUAGACCCAGUUCAAGAGGACCGUCUUUCUUGACCUUGACUUUGAAGAUUUAUGAUGGAGUUUAUGCUCACAAGGACAUAGUGGAAAGUGGUAAAGAACACAAGGAUAUUACGAGCUUGCUUCGUCUUGGGAAAACAUUGAAAAUUGGGGAAGACUCUUUUGAGGAUUUGGAUGAGGUUAUGGAUCGAUAUGUUGACCCUUUAGUAACACACUUGAAGGCUAUGUUAAGUUACCGCAAAUUCAGGAAGGGUACUAAGGCGGAAAUUGAUGACCUGUUGCGAGUUGAGAAAUCAGAGCACCCAAUGAGGAUAGUAUACUGUUUUGGCAUUUCUCAUGAACAUCCUGGGACUUUUAUUUUGUCUUAUAUACGGAGCACAAAUCCUCACCAUGAGUAUAUUGGUCUGUAUCCCAAGGGAUUCAAAUUUCGGAAGCGAACAUUUGAGGAUAUUGACCGGCUUGUGGCAUAUUUUCAAAGACAUAUUGAUGAUCUGCAGCAUGACAUGGCCCCAUCUAUCAGAUCAGUUGCUGCCAUGGUUCCAAUGAAGAGCCCUGCUACUGGGGGUUCCUCUGGAGGGGCCUCUGUGGGAAGUGGUUGGGGUGCUUCUUCAGCAAACAGCACUGAAGGCGGGUGGAGGGGACAUUCAAAUUCUGACAGAGAGAGAUCUUCUACACCAGGUUCAAGAACAGGCAGAAAUGAUUACAGAAAUGGUAGUGGAAGAGAUGCACAUCCAAGUGGGUUGCCUAGACCCUAUGGCGGACGGGGACGGGGCCGUGGAUCAUAUAAUAGUAAGGGAAAUAAUGGUAGCAAUGAAAGACAUGAUUCUGGUUAUGGUUCAAGAUGGGGAUCAGGUUCCAAGGAUGGGGAUGAUGGAUGGAGCAAUUUUCCUGGUGCUAAGGUUCAGAAUUCCCCUGGCAGAGAAGCAUUCCCUGGUGGGUGGGGAAGUGGUGGAAGUGGCACUGGUGGUGGUGGUGGUAGUAGUGGCAGUGCUGUUGGUGGUUGGGGAGGUGGGAAUGGUGAUGGUGGUGGAAGUUGGGGUGGGGCUGGUAGUGGUGGGGGUUGGGAUUCUUCUGGACAGAAAGGUGGUGGUGGUGUAGGGGAUACUGGCUCUGAUGUUGGUAAUUCAGGGUGGGAUGAUGGCUCUAAGAGAAGUUCAUCUCGGCCAGAGGGAGGAAAUGGUUGGUCUGGAGGUGGUGCUGAUGGAUGGGGUGGCGGAGGUGGUGGAAAUGGUGGUAGUGGCUGGUGAUCACGAUAUUUAUUGAUGAAGUUGCACAGGGAGAACUGCAGCCCUAUGUUCUGAGUAGGUGAUUUUUGUUUUUGAGCCGUUUUUUUCCUGAACGGAGGUUAUGAUGCAACUAUAUUUUGCAUACAAAUUGAAAAGUUGUAUAUAUGUAUGCUAGUGCGUGGUGGUCUUUCCUCUUAAUUUGUUUUUUUUUGGGUAUCAUAGUGGAAAACCAUCUUGUGGAUUUCAUUCUCUUCAUCUUGAAUUACAUACAACCUUGGGCAAUUAUCAAUUUUGAAAUUUGUCGCAUCACUUGUGUAAUUAUCUCCAAUUGGAAUAACUGUUCAAUUGUUCUUUGAUCAAUUGAGCAAUUGUUUAAUAAGAAACUGGAGCCUGAUUCCUGAAA